UGUCCAGCUGCUCCCCAGCUCUCUGCUUAUCUCCCCAUCUCUCCUCCAUCUGUCCGUCUAUCCGUCCCGUCUCCUACACUGUCGGUACAUGACUGAUCCAGGGGAGGAUGCUGAAGUUCCGUGUGGACAGGAGAGUCAGUCAACAUGACCCCAGUAGACCAGCUGGACCAGCACUGAGCCCGAUCCAGCUGGAAGAGCCUACAACAAUACACUCCUAUCUGCAGCACUGUGAUUUGGAUAUGAAUGGGAAGGUGGAUAUUACUACUGAGAAGAUCAUUCACUCCAAAAGUGCCAAUAUGGUGUCAGACCUGUCCCCAGAAGCCCAGCCUUACACCCGGGCGUCUCGUACUCCCAGGACUACUCCAAGAUCGGCAGCUACAUUUGGGAAGCGCUCCAACUCUAUGCGCAGGAAUCCCAAAGCAGAGGUGACCAAACAGGGAUGGUUGUACAAACAGGCCAGCAGUGGAGUGAAGCAGUGGAACAAGAGGUGGUUUGUCCUCACCGACAGAUGUCUCUUCUACUACAAAGAUGAGAAUGAGGACACAGUGUUAGGGAGUUUGCCACUGCUGAGUUUUCGAAUUGGAGGAGUGGAGCCUUCAGACAACAUCACCCGCAAGUUUGCCUUUAAGGUGUGGUCAGAGAAGGAGGAGGGUGAGGACGGUGACUUGAAGGAACCUUUUGUGUUUUGCAUGCAGGCAGAGCAUGCUGGAACCAGGACGUACUACUUCAGCUCAGACGGCCAUGAGGAACAGGAAGAGUGGAUUAGAGCUAUGAGUGAUGCUGCAGAGGUCAACAUUCAGUCAACACAGAGAGUAAACCCUGAAACCACAGUGGAUCUCAACCACACCAUGGUGACCAAAGCACCAAAACCACAAAUGCAACAGCGACCGCCAACACAAACAGACAAUAAAACUGACGGUGAUCUCCCCCCGCACCGUAAGAACGAUGGUGUCAACAGCCUCGAGACACCGCCACCCUCCACCCCCUGCUCCGAUCAGGAGGGGAAAAAGAGUGAUGGAAAACGAGGAGAAGGAGGAGGAGAAGGUCGGGAUGAAGGGGGAGGACCUGCUCGUGACCACGCCUUCCACCCAAACCACCAUCCCAACGGUUGGGGCAACUACGGCCCUCGUAACGCCAUGCCUGACAACAGCAAUGGGAAACCCACUCCUCCCAGGAGUCAUAGUGGACAUAGUGGCCCUCAGGGACACCCAGAAGGGGGUGUUGGCCCAUCCCACGACCCUAGGGAGCAGCAGGACAACGUGGUGCUGAGGAGGGGCUUCGUCCCCAGGACGGUCCCAGAGAGGGUGGCUCAGAGGAAGAGCUCCAUGGCCCAGCUGCAGCAGUGGGUCAACCAGCGGCGGGGCAUGGCGUCCCAGGAGGACCUCAACAGCCCAUCUCGUUACUAUCCAGUGAACCGUGGGGGUGAAUACUACGGCUACCCUGGUGGUCCCCAGUAUGUGGAGGAGUACCCUAUGUAUCCACCAGGCAUCCGACCUGACAGCAUCUGUUCUGUGUCUGCUGUGGGAGGGUACGACCGGCGCUGGACCGCUGAGGAGAAGCGCCACUCUCUGAGGGACGGCCCUCAUCAGCUGUAUGGAGCCCCGAUGCCCAGGGACCAAUGGGGGCCAGCGUACUAUGGUGGGAUGGAAACAACAAUGAGACGUCUGUCCAUACAGCCCCGCUCCAGGUCUGUGCCCAGGUCACCGUCCUCGUCGUCGGGGGGGCCCUACUCACCGGUGCCACGCAACUUUGCCUCGCCGGCUCGAUCACCGUCUGGCCGCUUCGACCAGUUUCAAGGGAGGAUGAGGGACGAUGUGAUCUAUGCUGAUCCAUCCGUCUACAGCCUGAGGAGAUCCCUCAGCUCACCAAAGUAUGACUACCCUGGUGAUAGGAGGUCUUUAAGCCAAGGAUUAUACCACUACAACUACCCUGUAUCCCCUUCCAUCCACAAUAAAAUGGAGGACAUAUUAGACCUUCAGCUCCAGCGCAACCUUGAUUACUUAGACCAGCAGGUGCCUCCUUUCCAUGAUGUCUACAGCAGAGAGUUACAUCCUACACUGAAGCUCAAUGAGAUUGAAACCAGUAAACUCUUGGGUCGACUGUGUGAGCAGAACCGAAUUCUAAAAGAUCACGAGGCAGUUGUGCACAGACUGCGAAUGGACAAGGACAGCCUAGAGGAAGCACUGGUAGCAACUCAUCAGGAGAUGGAGCUGUACCAUAAUCAGCCUUUGGCCAUGGAAAAGCUGCUGUUCAAAAAGGAAACCCUGCAGAACCAGCUCAUCAACAUCAGAGGGGAGCUCUCCCAGGCCUCCAGUGCUUUAACCACCACCCGUAUGGAGUUUGAAGCAUUAGAGGAUGAGGCCAACGCCAUUCAUGGAGAUCUGUGGGAGCAGCUGAAUGCAGGAGGGCAGAGUGAACUGGUUCGUAGGCACAUCCAGAAAGAGUUUUGGAGAGUCCAGGAUGUGUUAGAGGGGCUCCACAAGAAUAACUCAUCCAGAGGCACUGACACAGCCAAGCACAGAGUGGCCAGCGGUGCAUCAGGCUCCUUUAGCACCAAUAGUCCAGCCAGUCCCCUGAGCUCAGUAAGCCUCACCAGUCCACUCAGCCCCUUCUCCCCAGUGCCCGGCUCCCACGCCUCCCCCACCAAACAGCUGGGCCCGGAGGAAAGUGUUCCCCCAAGGCCUCCUCUCCCUAAGUCCUAUUACCCUUUGGAGCCCUCCUCCACCUUCCCUCCCUCCGUCCCUCCCUUACCCUUUGACAGCACCGCCUGGCUACGCAGCUUGGGCAUCGAUGAUGGUUACCUUGAUGGUGAAGAUUCUCACAUCAGAAAGUCCAAAUAUGGAGAACACAACAGCAGUGACAUGCAGGACCAGGACAGACAAUCCACCAUGAAUAAAGUUGGCAUUGUCCCUCCGAGAACAAAGUCCCCCACAGAUGAAUCACACAACAGCUCUGUUGGAGUGUCCCGCCAUAAUGGCAGAGUUUCCAAUGGAAUCUCAAGGGAGCGUCCAAAGAGCGCAGUUUUUCCUGCAGAGCUGAAGUCCAAGAUGAGCGUGGAGGAGCAGAACGAGCGAAUCCGACGCAACCAGAGCAGCUCUGUGAGGGACAAGAGGCGGAGUCUAAACCUCUCUGGUGGCCAGUCUCCAGCCAACUACAAAGUGAUUCGUAGGCGACUGACAGCUCAUGAGAUUGAUAUAAAAGACCUAGAGGCAGCGGUUCGAGGCCCAGGGCAGGAGUCACCGCGGGAAGAAAUUGCUCGCCUGAGACGGUUAACAUCUGAACCAGAACCCUACAACCUGGACAUCAGCAAAGACCUGAUGACUCCUGACAAGGUUCUGAUCCCGGAGCGCUACCUGGAUGAGGAGAAUAACACUCCUCUUAGCCCGGAGGAACAGAAGGCCAAACAGAAGAAACUGGAGAGAAUCAAGACCCUCAUUGCCAAAUCAAAUUUGCAGAACAUGGUUCCUCUUCUGGACGGCCCGGUGGAGGGCGGAGCUCCGGUCAACUCCCAGCAGCAGUUGCAGGAGCAGGAGAAGCGUAUAGAGAUCUCCUGUGCUCUGGCUGCUGAAGCCUCUCGUCGCAGCCGCAUUCUCUCUGCACAGAGCGCCCCCAGUCCCCCCACCUCCCCGACCUGCCUGGCCCCACCCCCUUCCUCUGCUGACUUUCCCAACUCCACCCACAUCAUGAAGGCGUGAGUCAUACAAGCUCAAGCCCUGGCUGCUGUCAAGUUUGAUGGAGCAUCUUUCUGAGGAUUCACUGGACAAACUGAUCAAUGAAGAUCGCCCCAGACAAAUGACUUUUAUAUUUUUUUAAGCACCUAAACCGAACUACAACGAAAGCACGGAAAGCUGUUAAAGGACACAACAGUGAAUUUAAAACCCCCAUGGAAGCUAUGAAGACUUAUUAGCUCCCCUAACCCCCAUCCCGAAAUUCCAGCGUGUGUGCUCCACGACACAAAGAAAGGCUCCAGAUCUCUAACCAGCUUAAAGGUGUGAAAUAUUUCUAUAUAAUUUUGCUCAGGACAUAUUCUACAAAGUAGAGACUGAUGUACUACAUUGAUAAUAAGAUAUUUAACAGUCAUAAUGAGAAAAUGACAGUGAGCUGAGGCUCAGUGUUGAUCAGUCUACAAGGGAACACUGCACAUGAAGGGGCCACACUGAAGAGGAGCGAGGAAAAGAGCUGCAGAGAUGAAUCUAGGUUUAGGAUGAGGCCGCAUGAACGUCUCUGAGGGUGACUAGUAGACAAAAGAAAAGCUAUAGAAAGGAUUUGAUCAUGGUUCUGGGCCGCCAUGGCUCGUGGUGACAGACUGAGGGCAUUUACCCACACUGACAUAUUCUCACACUGAUUGAAAUAAGAGCGAAGCCUCUCAUCCUUUAUAAAAAGCUGAGGACUCUCCUUUGGAACUCACUGUGAUGCCUGUUUCUCCAAGACCUCCACCCCAACACUACUCCCGUCCUAGUAGCCUUGUCCGUUACAGUAAUACAAAACCAUAUAUUACAUACAAACAUCUCAUAGGGUCAAACAUAAUGUCACAUGGAUUAUGUAUCACCCAUCUUUUCCACCAAACACACAGGAGCUCAGAGUUUGUUUUGCGAGACAGACCUGAAGAGGAAGAGCAUUACAUAAACCAUUAACCAAUCUAACGCCCACAAAUGUAAUAAUGCCCAAAAACGUAAUAAACCAUAAACCUAAUAAAAAGCUGCAGCUUCUAAUGCAAACCCAAUACAUUUUCCGCAAACGUAAUAAAAAUUUGCAGCUUUUAAUGCAAUAAUCCCACAAACGUAAUACAUUUUCCACAAACGUAAUAGCCGCUGCCUACUACAAACGUAACACGAGAUUUCCCACAAAUGUAAUAACUUUUACGUUUGUGGGGGAGUGAAAAUAAUAAUAAUUUAAUUGUUUGUUAAUGGUAAAGUAACUAUCAACUUACAUUAAUAUACCAUCUAUUUGCCAUUUAUAAAUUAUUUAGUAAGUUAAACAUUAAUAAAUUAUCUAUUUACCAUUCUAAAUGGCCUAUAUACGGUUUAUAAAUGAUGAUUAAACAUAAUAAAGUAUCUGUUUACCAUUUAUAAAUGAGGGUUAUUGUUCAGUGUUACAGUGUUAAAUCUUCAACUUUCAAUGUUGUAAUAAGUUUCCACAAAUGUAAUAACAAGAAUAAUGGUUGUUGUGGUUGUUGUUGUUUGUUUAUACACACACUACUAAUACUGACCGUGGGUGCAAAAUCCAGCUGCAAUUCAAUUAUUAUAGACUCCUUCUAGACAUGUUUUAAGGUGUAGCCUUUAUAAAAUACCUUUAUUUGAAUAAUAGGCUAAUGUGACUCGUAUAGCUUUCACACCCAAAAAGUAAAAUUAUCUUGUUAAUAUCCUUUUUCCUCAUUAAAAUCCAGAUUCAAGAAAUAUGCAAAUAUAUGGCAUCCCAAAAGUUUGAAACUCAAUCAUUCAAGUACAUUUGUUGGGACUUAUUACAAUAUUUAAAGUUGACGAUUUUUACUUCCCCACAAAUAAGUCCCUGAAAACGUAAUAGUUAUUAUUAUUAAUAGUUAUUACAUUUGUGGAAAAUCGCAUGUUACGUUUGUAGUAGGCAGCGGCUAUUAUGUUUGUGGAAAAUGUAUUACGUUUGCGGGAUUAUUGCAGAUUUUUAUUACGUUUGUGGGCAUUAUUACAUGUGCGGGCGUAACAAGCCAUCUUACAAAGCUGCUUGAGGCAACACAUCAAAAUCAAAGUCAAGUUUCAUAUUUGGUGGUCAAAAAUUCAAUUUUGUUGAACUUUUACCACAAAAAAUGGAGAAAAAUCAAAGCCAUGUGCACAGCUAGAACUCACUCAGCUGCUCUUCAUUGGAAAUAAUGACCUUGCUCUGUACUGUGUGCAUUAACUAUCUGGUGUGGAAGCCAGUCAGACUGUGAAGAUGAAGUCCUUAACUGACUUUAGUUAAGUUCUGGAUCUGUUGUCUCAUCUGCAUGGUGGAGUGUUGUUAGACACUAAGGCAGAGACAUUCCCUGUGGCUUGGACUCGCUGUCUGUAUGGUUUUGUUUGGUCUGAAGUGUCAGACAGGAAGUGACAUGUUUUCAGUCGAUGCUGUGGCUGUAUCCCAAAGUCAAGGAUCCUUCCUUGGUAGGAUCCUUCCUUCAGAGUCGGGUCCUCCAGAGGCCAGAGUCCUUCCUUUCACUGGUAUAACCACUAAUGGAACAGCCUUCCGAGUGUGCAGGUGUGCGUCACUGCGUAACUGGACGUCCUGCUUAAAUUCAGCGCCGCAUUUUCUAAACCACUUCACAACAUGAUGUGUCUUUGGCAUCAGCACUCUGACACAUAUUUGUGAAAAUGGAAGAAGAUGCUUUAAGGUUGAAUCUCCACGAUUUAACAAGUAAAAGCCACAAAGUGGAUUAAACAUGAAUAUUUCACGAAUCCUAGCUGAAUUUGGCCGCUACUUUCAUAAAGCAGCAGAGAGAGUAUAACUCACCAUGGAGAUGUGUUCUGUGAUUUUUUAUUUUAUUUUACAGUACAGUACAAAAACAGUUAUUUAUAAAUAACAAUAACGGAUAAUAGCGGACUCUUGGUCCCUGUUAACACAAUAAAGAAAUGUAUAACUUUCUGAAUGGCAUAGCUAUAUAUACUUUGCACAUAGUAAAUCAUCAUCUGACGCAUAUAAAUUAUUAACAAUAACUUUAGCGACUGAGGCGGCAUUAAUUAACUUAAUGUUGUUUAUGCAUAUAUUUAAAUUCAUAUUGUGCCGCCGGCGUUGCUGUUCCUACGCUCGCCAUUUUUAAAUCUCCAGGUAGGCUGGUGACCGCAAUGCUUUAUGGGUACUCGGGGCGCACGGAGGACACACUCAUGCAUCCUUGGAAUUUGGGCAGAAGAAGGACUCUGUCCUCUGGAGGAUCCAGGACAUUGGGACAGUCCUUCGGUUGAUGUCGAUGACGUAGCAGCCUUCAAAUUCAGCUGUUUGAGCAUCCUUCCUUGACUUUGGGAUACUGCGUGUGGCUCAAGCAUUAUAAUAAAGAGCACCACCAUAUACUUUACUUCAACUUUCACAAUAAAUCGUUCAGAGAAACAGCUGGCAAUGACACAAUCCCCUGUCUUAGAUGUAAAGAAACAUCUGUCUGAGGCAACAGCAAAGACUAAAAGAAGAGACAAGUACAGAAGCUUUUUCCUCAUAGAAUAUUUCUCCAAUUCAGUAUUCCUUCAGCAUGUGUUCAUGUCAGCUUUGAAACUAAGUGUUGCAAGACUUUUUCUAACCUCUCUUACCGUCAGAGAAAGAUGGCAGCCAUCUGGUGGUUAGAAAAGGAAAUGGUGUAGAACCUGAUAAUGUAAUAACUUCCCGAUAAUGUAAUAAAGUGCAUUUCCCAAUAAUGUAAUACACUUUUUACCAAUAAUGUAAUAAAGUAUAACACCAAGCACCUUUAGAUUUCAAGAAGCUGUUGAAUGCAUUCGUGUGUCAUGGAUACCUUGUUUGUGAAAAACGGAUGAACGGGUCAAAAGUGAAUAAACAUUCAACUUUGACCUGUUGGUGGCGCUAGAGCUCUUGAGCUAGAGUUGAUACACAGUAUCACCACUUGGUCCCAAGUAAUGGGUGGUCUGCUGUUAAAUUAUUACAAUAUUGGGGAAUUAUAAAUUAUCAGGACUUGUGAAAUGAAGGCUAACCUGAUAAUGUAAUAACCUCCCAUUAAUGUGAUACUUUAUUACAUUAUUGGUAAAAAGUCUAUUACAUUAUUGGGAAAUGCACUUUAUUUCAUUAUCGGGAAGUUAUUACAUUCAAGUUUUAUUACAUUUUCAAUGGACUCAAGUGCAGAUUUUUAUUACAUUAUCGGGGUUAUUACAUUAUCGAGAAUUUAUUACAUUAUCAUGUUCUACAAAUGGUUAGCACAGAUGACUGGUAGGAAAUGGGAUGAAUACCAGGGAGUCUUGUUUUGAAGAUUUAUCCAGCCAUCCACCACUCUGACCUCCACAGUACACUGCUCUAUACAAACCUCAUAUUUCUUAACUUCGCCCACUGUGUGCACCACUUUUAGUAAAUGCCUUUGCAUUUAGCACCAAUUUCAGUGGAGUUUGUCAUAGUGUCAUAGUGAAAUUCCCCAGUGAUUGUCUGCAGAUAUAUAGGUUAAGUAUGUUGAAUAGAAAUGGUACAGUGUAUGUGGAAAGUGAAAAUAGAAGUGACCUUAGAAGAGUAACUCUUGUCUGUGUGAAGAUGAGUCAGCUUAUGAUGCAGUCAUUGAGAGGAGUUAUAUACUGGAGAACACUGUCAUCUAACAUAUCCCAAAUACAUUUCAUCCAAUCAUGCAGUGCCAUAAGUCUAAAACCUUUCUAUGUUUUAUAUGUUGUGAUGAAUGGACAUAUUAAUGAGGAGUUUCAAUCUGGAGGACAUGCUGUGAUUGAUGGUACCAGUGCGUGUUGCCAAUAUUAAAACUCAACUUAUUAUUAUUAUGAGAUGAAAUCAUUUGGUAACACUUUACAAUAACCAACUAAGUGAUGUUUAUAGAUGGUUUAUAAACCAGUUAUUAACCAUUUACAAAGUGCUAUACAUAUUUAGUCUUUAAAUGUUUUCAACCAAUUUCUUAAAGGUAUGUGAAUGAUUUCAAAAUUAUUAACAUACCUAUUAUUGUGUUAAAAAUGUUAAAAUGACUGCAACUAAAACUAUUAAUUAUAAUUUAAUUGUUUGUUAAUGUUAAAGUAACUAUAAACUUACAUUAAUAAACCAUCUAUUUGUCAUUUAUAAAUUAUGUAGUUAGUUAAACAUCAAUAAAUUAUGUAUUUACCAUUCUAAAUGGCCUAUAUAUGGUUUAUAAAUGUUAUAAAUCUGUUUACCAUUUAUAAAUGAUGGUUAUUGUAAAGUGUUACUAUUUCCAUAGUAGCAUUGAUUUGUUGGUGUCAAUUUCUUUUUAGUUUAUAGUACCUUAUAUAUAAUUUAAAAAGUCUGUUUUACUUUUAUUCCAUUUCACUUGUAUUUGAAGACACUGGUUGAACACUGUUAUGUGGUUCAGAGGUAAGAUGUAAAUACAACAACAGUGUGACUGGAUUUUAUUAGUAUCUGUAACUCAAAAAGGUCCAAAAUGCUUUUGAAAACGUCCAUACCUCUUCAUUGCAACUUCCUCCAGAUUUAAACACUGACACACCCACAGUACACACACAAACACACAUCCACAUAGAGUCAUUUGCAACAGCAAAUUAAGAAAAUAGAAUUUUAUGCUGAAAGCAGUUAACAGCUGUCACAACGCAAAAACAAAACAAGGAUUUAAGAGAAAACUUCUAUUUUUUCUUGUUUAGAUUUUUUUGUUUGUUCGUUUUUAGAAAGGGAAUACAUUCAAAAGAGGCAGUUCAUAUUUUUUUAGAUGCACGAAUAUUUAAUGACAAGUUGACAGGUUGAACUUUUACACUCAAUUACAUUUUGCAUUUUUCACAAAAAAAAAUACUUUUUUAUUUUAUUGCUCUUGAGGAUUGUUUGAAGGAGCAGAACAUAGAUAUUUUUCGAUUAAUUGGAAUCUGAUGUGUUAAGAAUUGACAGCAUAAAAAGGUGGUGUUCAAUAUUUGAUACUAGAUGUAGCAUUUGUGGAUGAUGAAAAUAAAGAAUAUAUACAUUAUAUACAUUGGUCAAUGUAUAUAAUAUUUUGGAUUUCAGUUACAGUAUAUCCUACUAUCACAUGUAACCAUUGCUAUUUUGGGUAAAAAAUAGACAAACUGCUUGAACUAUGCAAAUGAUCAAAAAAAUAAAAAAAUAGACAAAUAAUACGCUUGCUUUCAGAAAA